CUGUGGAUUAUUGGAGAAGGUGGAGAGAAAAAUGAGAUUUCUAACGUUCGCGAAGGCUGUACGGAGCCGAAGCAGAAGGCAGUUAUGGCCGCUCCAUAACUUCCUUUGUCGCUCAUUCUCUUCGCAAUCGGAAGCAUCUUCGUUCGGCAUUGCCUUCGAUAUCGAUGGGGUCAUUAUCCGUGGUCACUCUCUUAUCGGUGGAUCUCCGCAAGCGCUCAGAAGAUUAUGCGACCACACUGGUGCUUUGAAGAUUCCUUUUAUUUUCCUGACAAAUGGUGGUGGUUUUCAAGAAUCUAAACGAGCUCUGGAAUUAAGUCAACUUCUGGGCAUUAAUGUUUCACCGUUACAGGUUCUGCAGGGUCAUUCCCCUUUCAAACAGCUGGUGAAGCGAUAUGAGAAUGAACUCAUUGUUGCUUUGGGCAAAGGGGAACCUGCUGCUGUGAUGUCUGAAUAUGGAUUUAAAAAUGUUCUUUCUAUAGACGAGUAUGCCUCCUACUUUGAUGACAUUGAUCCACUGGCUCAGUAUAAGAAAUGGACAGUGAAGGUGACUGCUGAUGGGAAUGAGCCUUUUAAGGAGAUGACUCCAAGAAACGAUGUUUGCUCACUGAGAGUUCAGGCAGCAUUUGUUGUUAGUGACCCUGUUGACUGGAGCAGAGACAUCCAGGUUCUUUGUGACAUUUUAAGAACUGGAGGUCUUCCUGGAAGGGGAAUCGGACAACAACCUGAUCUCUAUUUUGCAAAUGAUGACCUCGAAUACCAAGCGUCUUUUCCUUCUGAACGUCUUGGUAUGGGAGCUUUCAGAAUUGCAUUAGAGUCCAUCUUCAACAGAAUUCACCCCAAAGCUCUGAAGUAUACAUCUUUUGGGAAGCCAAAUCCAUUUGUAUUUGAGAAUGCUGCAAAUGUGCUAAAACAGCUAGCAUCAUCCAUCCAUUGUAUUCCUCAUGCAAUGGAUAAUGCAAAUGCCGGGAGUCAUCAUUUCAAAAGGCUAUAUAUGAUAGGUGAUAAUCCUGCAGUUGACAUCAAAGGUGCACGGCAGGCUGGAGCUCCCUGGUUUUCUAUAUUGACAAGGACGGGAGUAUUCAAGGGACAGGAAAAUCACGCAGAGUAUCCUGCAGAUCUGGUUGUUGACACCGUUCAAGAUGCCGUUGACUAUAUUCUGAGAGAAGAGUGCACUGGUCAGACCCUUUGAUAUGUGUCGGCAUGAUUCUUCCAUAGUUCCAUGUAUGAAAGAUAUCAGUAGACCGGACACUUGUCGAGGAAGCAAAAUCCACAAAUCAUUUGAUGUUAUGCAUCGCAUCCUUUGAUCUGGCUUAUGGCAUCUGGCUCAGAGGUAGGAUUUUCUGCUUACAUUAAGUAAAAUAUUUUCCGCAUCAUCGGUGUAGCAUUUUAUAAGUAUAUAGAUAUCAUAGAUGUAGAAGAGUUGGUGUCAUAAGUCUCAAGUCAUGACAUGCACAUAAUGUUUGAUGUCAAAGCAUCUGUUUUUGUCUUUUUGAUGUUCACCAUCUUACCAACAAUAAAAUUCAUAUUCGCAACUCCU